AUGGAAUACAAACCUAAAACAACUCGAGAUAAAAGGGAAUAUGAUGUGACUCCAGAUAAAAAUAUUACAAAUACAAUAAAAACAGAGAAACGUGUAGCAACAAAAAGAACAAAUGUUUUGAUGAAGGCCGUGGAAAAGAAAGAAAAUGCUUUGAUCUGA